AUGGAGGCAGAAAUCAGAACCAUCUUGCCCAAUAUCGAUCCUAUUAUCUCGGAAUACUCCGUGGGGUUCCUUACCCAUGCAUCGACUGUUUGGUCUGAGGAGGAUGAAGCUGCCAACUCUUCGCCUCUAGCGGAUGCAGCUGAGGCAGUCACCGAAAUCCUCAUCUCCGCCUCCGGGCAGCCGGGUUCACCCCUGGAGAAGAAGAUCAAGGCCCUUGUGGAUAAGUGGGUGGACAAGUAUGCUGCGGCGAAUGGCGGCGAGCGCCGAGGACCGUCCGUCGUUAGGCGACUGGACCAAACCAUCCAAGUAAGCUCGCAGAGAAACAUGUCCUCUACCCUGGCUGUUUCUACUGGUGGCGUGGAUCUAGAGUCUGCCAAUGCUCGAAAGGUAGAGUCCAAGGUCGACCGAAAGAAGUUGGAGAAGGCGGAGAGGAAGAUUGCGGCCAAACAGCAGAAGAAAACCUUCAAGACUGUCGAGUACGAGGCCUCACGUCUACUCAACCAGCCCGAAAGCGCGCAAUCCUACGAAGAGUUCUACAUGGCUGUCAACCCCUUGCAACUGGGUUCCGGUCAGGGUCAGAACAAAUCGAAGGACAUCAAGCUCGACAAUAUCGAUGUAUCUAUUGGCGGGAACAGGAUCCUCACGGACACGAACCUUACACUCGCCCACGGACACCGGUAUGGUCUCGUUGGUCACAAUGGUGUUGGUAAAUCUACGUUGCUCCGUGCUCUUUCGAAGCGAGAGCUGCCUAUUCCUACCCACAUUUCUAUCCUUCACGUUGAACAAGAGAUAACUGGAGAUGAUACGCCAGCGUUGCAAGCUGUGCUUGAUGCUGAUGUCUGGAGAAAGGUCCUGCUUCGAGAGCAGAGUGAACUCACCGAGCGCCUGGCGGACAUUGAAAAGCAACGUGCGUCCAUGGCGGAUACGUCUACCGAUGCCUCAAAACUUGACCAGGACCGUGAUACUCUCGAUCAGAAGUUGGGAGAUAUCCAGUCCAAGCUAGCUGAAAUGGAAUCGGACAAAGCGGAACCCAGAGCUGCAAGCAUUCUUGCUGGUCUCGGCUUCUCCCCUGAGCGUCAACAGUAUGCCACAAAGACCUUCUCCGGUGGUUGGAGGAUGCGUCUUGCUCUUGCGAGAGCACUUUUCUGCGAACCUGAUCUCCUCCUGCUCGACGAACCGUCGAACAUGUUGGACGUUCCUUCCAUUACUUUCCUCUCCAACUACCUACAAGGUUACCCCAACACUGUCUUGGUAGUCAGUCAUGACAGAGCGUUCCUCAACGAGGUGGCGACAGAUAUCGUUCACCAACACUCUCAGCGACUCGACUACUACAGGGGAGCCAACUUCGACUCUUUCUACGCCACAAAGGAGGAGCGGAAGAAGACUGCCAAGCGGGAAUACGAGAAGCAGAUGGCGGAGCGGGCGCAUAUCCAGGCCUUCAUCGACAAGUUCAGGUACAACGCUGCCAAGUCGCAGGAAGCGCAAUCCCGUAUCAAGAAGCUGGAGCGCAUGCCGGUGCUGGAACCUCCGGAGACGGAAUACAGCGUCCACUUCAAAUUCCCCGAUGUGGAAAAGCUGUCGCCACCUAUCGUGCAGAUGACCAAUGUUACCUUCGGCUACACCAAGGACAAGAUCUUGCUGAGAAACGUCGAUCUCGACGUUCAGCUAGAUUCCCGAAUUGGUAUUGUCGGUCCCAACGGUGCGGGUAAGACGACGGUUCUAAAGCUUCUCAUCGGAAAACUUUCGCCACUGUCUGGUCUCAUGUCCCAAAACCCUCGCCUUAGGAUAGGAUUCUUCGCCCAGCACCACGUAGAUGCCCUCGAUCUCUCCAUGAGUGCCGUUUCUUUCAUGGCGAAGACCUAUCCCGGCAAGACGGACGAGGAAUACCGUCGCCAGCUCGGUGCGUUUGGUAUUACAGGAACAACGGGCCUCCAGAAGAUGGCUUUGCUUUCCGGAGGUCAAAAGUCGCGUGUUGCUUUCGCCUGCCUCGCCCUCACCAACCCCCAUAUCUUGGUUCUUGACGAACCUUCCAACCACUUGGAUAUCGAAGCUAUGGAUGCCUUGGCGGAAGCUCUGCAGAACUUCCAGGGUGGCGUGGUGAUGGUUUCUCACGACGUGACGCUGCUACAGAAUGUCUGCACGUCGCUGUGGGUUUGCGAUAACGGAACGGUCGAACAGUUCCCUGGAGAUGUUAACGAGUACAAGAAGAGGAUUUCGGCCCAAGCAGACGCCGCGGGUGUGGUGAAGAGGCACUGA